CAGUCCUGUCUCUACGUUUUCUCUUUCGACUCUUAGAUGUGAAUCUCCUGAUGAGGGGUCAGCAACCAUUGUGCCACAAGCUCAAGAUGAAAACAACACUGGAGAGAUCUCAAAUAGCUUCCCCAAUAGACUUCGAUCCAGUUGGCAAACUAUUUCGAUUGUAAUUUUGAUAGUGAUGUUUGGUGUGAUAUGCUUCCCCAAAAUCCUUAUCAACAAAGGAAACUGUUCAAUUUAUGAAGAAGAGGGCAGACAGCUGAACACGGCGCUGAAACUGUCCAUGGGCAAGAUCGCACAAUUACAAGAGGAGAAGAAACAGUUAAAUGCAAUUCUUAAUUCAACCCUGCAAAACUUCAGAAUUGUUGCAGACGAGAACAAACAGCUGAAUGCACAACUGACUAAAUCCAUGCAGCUACAAGAAAGAACUCAACGCCAGCAUUCAAUCCUGUUCUCAAACAGACUGUCCUUCCUCUGGACACUUUGCGACAAUGACACACUUCAGUGUUCGCGCUGCCUGCCUGGCUGGGUAGAGCAUGCAUCACGCUGCUUUUUCUUGUCCAACAGAACAAAAACCUGGGAAGACGCUCGUGUUGAAUGUAUUAAAAUGGGGGGUGACCUAGCUAUCGUCCAGAAUACUGAAGACCAGGUAUUUUUCACGAGUGUGACUUUUCAGUAUGCACAACAACACACAGACUUCCAUUCAGCAUGGAUUGGGUUGCAAGACUUGGUGAAGGAAGGAGUUUAUGUUUGGAUAAAUGGGAACAAACCCCCACAAGAUUUGACCUACUGGAUGCCUAAUGAGCCCAAUAAUGCUGUGGUCUCCUGGGACACAGAGGGGUCUGGACAGGACUGUGUUGCCAUUGUGCCAUCUAGCAACCACACAGAUGAGAACUGGUUAAACACCUGGGACGACAUUGUAUGUGUUGGCAACCGGCACUACCUGUGUGAAACUGCAGCUCUCACUUUAUUUUGAUUGACAGAAAUGAGAUGUUAACAUCUACAUUUGG